AUGUUUCGAAAUGCCAGGCUGAGCCCACGCUCGGCAUUGCGACGAAGUCCAACCAUCCUACAGACUCGAACAUUUGCUGUCGCUGCAGAGCAUGUUGCACUCAGCCCAUUGGAGCCGUACAACCCACUGGACUACGGCUCUCGACUCAAAAUACUCCACGAUGUCAAAAGAUCGAACCCGCGGCCGUUGACGCUAUCAGAAAAGCUGCUCUACAGCCAUUUAAUUCUCGACGUGAAAGAGUGGUCGCUGGACGAAAUUGAGAGGGGCAAAACAAUCCUGCAGCUCCAGCCAGAUCGCGUUGCGUGCCACGAUGCCACUGCUACCAUGGCCCUGCUGCAAUUCAUCAGUGCUGGGCUCCCCAGAGUCAAGAUCCCGACUUCAAUCCAUAGCGACCACUUGAUUGUUGCCGAGUAUGGCGCUGAGGCAGACCUUCGCCGAGCGGCUGGCGAUCAUCAGGAGGUGUAUGCCUUUCUGAGCAGCGCAGCAAAGAAGUAUGGCAUUGGAUACUGGAAAGCCGGCGCAGGCAUUAUCCACAUCACCAUUUUCGAAAACUACGCUUUCCCCGGCGGCCUCAUAAUCGGAACAGACUCCCACACACCCAACGCCGGUGGAAUGGGAAUGCUAGGGAUUGGUGUUGGAGGUUCAGACGCGGUGGAUGCCAUGGCCGGUAUGCCUUGGGAGCUCUCGUGCCCAAAAGUCCUAGGCGUUCGCCUCACCGGGAAACUCCAGGGUUGGAGUUCUUCCAAAGACAUCAUCUGCAAACUCGCGGGUAUUCUUACUGUGUCAGGCGGCAAGGGAAAGGUCAUUGAGUUCUUCGGGCCUGGGUGCGAUACUCUUGGGGCAACGGCUAUGUCGACUGUGUGCAACAUGUCGGCCGAGAUAGGCUCGACGUCGUGUAUUUUCCCCUACUCUGCUGCCAUGUCUCGCUAUCUCUCUGCGACCAAAAGAAGCAAUAUUGCCGCUCAAGCCGAUUUAUUCAAGGGGCAGCUCCUUACGGCCGAUCCAGGAAGCGAAAAGUACUACGACGAUAUCAUUGAGAUAGACCUGUCUCGACUAGAGCCACACAUCAACGGCCCGUUCACGCCAGACCUAUCUCAUCCGCUGUCCCAAUUCAAGGAACACAUGAGUGCAAGCUCGUGGCCCUCCAAACUAAGCGUGAGCAUGGUUGGGAGCUGCACAAAUAGUUCCUACGAGGACCUCGACAAGGUCCGUGAUCUCGUUAUCCAAGCCAAGACCGCCGGUCUGGAAAAGGUCAAGACGCCUUUUCUCGUCAGCCCGGGAAGCGAGCAGAUCAGAGCCACGGCAGAGGAGAAUGGCAUCUUGGAGACGCUACGACAAGCAGGGGCAACUGUGCUGAGCAACUCAUGUGGGCCAUGUGUCGGUCAAUGGGACCGAAAAGACGUCGAUGUCGCGGGAGCGGAGAGGAACUCGGUCAUUUCAAGCUUCAACCGCAAUUUCACAGGCCGUCACGAUAGCAAUCCAGCGACUCAUUCGUUUGUUACCUCUCCCGAGCUCGCUACUAUGUUUGCCUUUAACGGAGAUCUCAACUUUGACCCUACCACGGACGGCGUGAGCGUCGACGGCACAGGAGCUGCGACUGAGUUCCGCUUCUCGCCUCCCAAGUCUAGGGAACUACCCGUUUCCUUCUCUCCUGGCGAUGAUCGCUUCCAGGCUCCGGUUCUGUCCGACACUAGCGCCCUGAAAGUCGACAUCCAUGCAAGCAGCGAUCGAUUGCAACUCCUAACACCCUUCGAGUCGUGGGAGGAUGGAAAGGCAAGCGGCAUGGAGAUCUUGAUCAAAGUCAGCGGCAAGUGUACGACAGAUCACAUUUCCCCAGCCGGUCCCUGGUACAAGUACCGGGGUCACUUGGAAAACAUCAGCAACAACAUGCUUCUCGGCGCAACCAACAGCUUUCUGCCCGACGCCAGCUCACUUGAGAUGAUUGGCAAGGCCCUGGACCCAAUUGACGGAGAGAUCAAGCCUGUACCCCAAGCUGCCAAAAGCCUGCAGCGUGAAGGGCGCCGAUGGUGUAUCAUUGGAGACAACAACUAUGGCGAGGGCAGUUCACGAGAGCACGCCGCGCUCGAGCCCCGGUUCUUAGGCGGCGUGGCCGUGAUUGCGAGGAGCUUCGCCCGCAUCCAUGAGACGAAUCUGAAAAAGCAAGGCAUGCUGCCUCUGACUUUCAAUGAUCUGGAUGACUAUGACAAGAUCAAAGAGGGUGACACUGUUAGCCUUUUCGGUGUUGACAAUGGGGAACUGCAACCUGGGAAGCAAGUCACAAUGGUGGUGGUUUCAAGGGACGGUCCGCAGUGGACUUCGACGCUGAAUCACUCGUAUCACGAGCACCAGAUUGAGUGGUUAAGAGCCGGGAGUGCGCUCAACUACAUCAAGCGAGUGACAUUGGGCCAGGUAUUUUAG